UAUAUAAGUAUUAUCUGAUCAUUCAGCUGCAGCAGAAAGCUGAAAGGAGAGAGAGAGAGGGGCCGCUUCACCUCCCAACUUGCAAGUAAGAGCAUAUUUACCAUUACAAGCAGCGAUGGAUAUCGCCGAGUAUAGAAGACGAGGCAAAGAAAUGGUGGACUAUGUUGCUGAUUAUCUGGAGAACAUUGAAAACCGAGAUGUCUACCCAAAUGUGGAACCAGGCUACCUACGGAAGCUCAUCCCAGAGGUGGCGCCAGAAGAACCUGAAACAUAUGAAGAAAUUAUGAAGGAUGUUGAACGCAUCAUCAUGCCCGGGGUGACUCAUUGGCACAGUCCCUACUUCUACGCUUAUUUCCCUGCAGCCAGUUCUUUUCCUGGAAUGCUUGCCGACAUGUUGAGCUGCGCAAUUGGCUGCAUUGGAUUUUCUUGGGCUGCAAGUCCAGCAUGCACUGAAUUGGAGACGGUAAUGCUUGACUGGCUGGGUAAGAUGCUGAACCUACCAGAGGAAUUUUUGGCUGGAACCAAAGGACAAGGAGGAGGUGUGAUCCAGGGCACUGCCAGUGAAGCCACACUGGUUUCCCUGCUGGGUGCAAGGAGUAAGGCGCUGAAGAGAAUAAAGGCUGAACAUCCAUCUCUGAGUGAGGCAGAAGUCCUCAACAAGCUGGUAGCCUACAUGUCAGAACAGGCGCACUCCUCUGUGGAAAGGGCUGGACUGAUUGGUGGGGUGCAAAUGAAGAAACUCCCAACAGAUGGAAAAUUUGCAGUUCAAGCUUCAGCUCUGAUGGAAGCCAUUAAAACCGACAAAGCAGCAGGCCUGAUACCCUUCUAUUUCUGUGCGACACUGGGAACAACACCAUCAUGUGCCUUUGAUAACUUACUGGAAACUGGACCCAUCUGUAACUCGGAACACAUAUGGAUGCAUAUUGAUGCUGCCUAUGCCGGAAGUUCAUUUAUCUGCCCUGAAUUUAGACCACUACUAAAUGGAGUUGAGUUUGCAGAUUCUUUUAAUUUUAACCCUCAUAAAUGGCUUUUGGUGAACUUUGACUGCUCAGCUAUGUGGGUCAAGAAGCGAACAGACAUAAUUGGGGCUUUCAAAAUGGAUCCAUUAUACCUACAGCAUGAUCAUCAAGAGUCAGGACUUGUUACAGACUAUCGGCACUGGCAGAUCCCUUUGGGCCGAAGAUUUCGCUCUCUGAAGCUGUGGUUUGUGUUCCGGAUAUAUGGAAAAAAAGGUCUUCAAGAGCACAUUCGAAAGCAAGUGAAGUUGGCACACGAGUUUGAAAACCUCGUUCUUCAAGAUGACCGCUUUGAAAUCUGUGCUGAAGUCAUCAUGGGACUAGUAUGCUUCCGGCUAAAGGGGUCCAAUGAGCUAAAUGAAAACCUCUUGAAAAUGAUCAACAUUUCCAGGAAGAUCCACCUGGUGCCAUGCCACCUUGCGGGUGCCUUUGUCCUCCGUUUAGCUGUCUGUGCCAGGACAACAGACUCCAAACAUAUUCAGUUUGCUUGGAAGACCAUUUCUGAGGUGGCUACUGAACUGCUAAGGAAACAACCACAGUGAGGGCUGUGUGGGCGGCACUGUGUUGGCACUGUGUGCUUGUCUUUCAUCUUCAUUUGUAUUUAUGACCUUGCAAGUGGAGAGGGGGUGGUCACUCCAAAGUUAAUGCCACACACUAUUUUCUUAUUUGUACAUCAUUUGUAACAAAAUGUUAUUUUCCCUGAAAUGAACUUCACUCUUAGUUUUCACUCUUGUGUCCACCUUGAAUUAAAAUUCAGUACCUUUCUCGGUGUCUAUUGCAGCCUUGCUGCUGGUGUGAGGGGAGAGGUCAAAAAUAUACUGCUCAAGAAA